AAAUUCUUCAUUUGGUCUCAGCUGAGCUGUCAUAGCUUUCAGAAAGCUCUGCAAAAAGAGAAAAACAAGAAAUUCUGGAAUACACAUAUUAAUUAAUUGCACAAUAAAUAUUUACCAGCAAAAAAAGCGAGUGAAAACGCUUGCGGUGUGCUUCCGUUGAUCUUCCCAGCAUCGACGCACAACAAACUAAACAAAAGCAUCCAAAACAAACCGAAGCAUGAACAUGAACAACAUCAAUAAAGGUGGAUACGUGCCACCCGGCUACUAUCCGCCGAAUGCUCCACCAGCUGAUGGCGGCGCCCCAUUCCCGCCCCCGGUCGCACCGUAUCCACCAGCAGGGCCGCCGACACAGCCUGUUAACUAUGGUUUUGCACCGGCUGCGCCACAAGGAUACGCUCCAGUUCCACAAAUGCCGUACUCAGAAGCAUACAACACCGGAGGAGGAGGAGGAGGAGCUCCAGUUCCGUUUGGCGCUGGCGCCGGAGUACCAGGAGGUCCAGUGCAAGUGACUCAGCCUUAUGGCUAUCCACCUGGACCGGCACAGCCUCCAGGGCCACCACAGCCAUAUGGUCCGCCUGGACAGCCGAUUAUCACGCAACCAGGCAUGCAGCCGGGUCAGCCACAGCAGGGUGGACCAGGAGGCGACUGGAUGAGUAUACCUACAGGAAUUCCGAACUGUCCGCGCGGAUUGGAAUACCUUACGAGUAUCGACCAGCUUUUAGUUAAGCAGAAGGUGGAGCUGCUCGAGGCAUUCACCGGCUUCGAGACCAACAAUAAGUUUUCAAUCAAAAACGCGCUCGGCCAGAAGGUCUACUUUGCGGCUGAGGACAACGAUUGCUGCACCCGCAACUGUUGCGGUCCGGCUCGCCCCUUCGAUAUGAAAGUCUUUGAUAAUUACCAGCAAGAGGUCAUUCACAUGUACCGUCCAUUGGCAUGCUCGGCCUGUUGCUUCCCCUGCUGCCUGCAGACCAUGGAGGUCUCGGCUCCACCCGGCAAUCCCAUUGGCUCCAUCGAGCAGGAGUGGUCCAUCUGCUCGCCCUCGUUCCGUAUUCUCAAUCACCUGGGCGACACUGUGCUCCGCAUCGAAGGUCCCUUCUGCACCUUCUCGCUCUGCGGCGAUGUCGAGUUCAAUAUUGUCUCGCUUACCGGCGAGAAGGUGGGAAAGAUCUCCAAGCAGUGGUCGGGCUUAGCUCGUGAAAUCUUCACGGAUGCCGAUUUCUUCGGCAUCACUUUUCCACUUGACUUGGAUGUUCGCAUGAAAGCCGUGCUGCUGGGCGCCACGUUCCUUAUUGAUGCAAUGUUCUUUGAGAAGUCUGGAAAUCGCGAAUCGGAUCGCCCUGGAAUGUUUUAGCGGCUUCCGUGUAUAAUUAAAUAUCCUUUAGCGUGUAUGGACUUUUUAUUCCUCUAAAAGCUUAAUCGUUGAAAUCAACUAUCGCAAACUAGUCUCCUAUGGCCAAAGCAAACCGAAGCCGCAUUGAAAUAACCAAGUUUCUCAAUCAUUGUUCUACCUUAAAUAUUUGAAGAUAUUAUUAUUGUUUGUCGAGACCGGAAUACAACUUAAAUAUUAUUAUUUAGUUAUAAGCAUUUUUGUAUUUGACUUUUCUAUGAAUUUAUGACCAACUGCUGUCUUCAGAACAUUUCGAAUAAGUAUUUCACAUGAAUAAUCAGGAGAAAACGGAAAUGUCCAAAAUGUACUUUAACUAUGGAUCUACAUUUGAGUGUCUUAAUGUCUACAAUAAACAAAAUGCUUAAGCAUAAGCAUAAAUCAAAAUAUUUGUAUGAAUCAAAGUAUAUACACAUGUAUUUUAUUAUUAUACUAUUCAGUAGCUUGAAGAAUAUUGAUAUAUAUAUUUGAUGUAUUUAUUGUAUCUAUUGAUUGUUUGCAGAGACAAAUAUAAUAUAUAAAUAUGUACUCGGUAGGUUCCUUGAUGUAUUUAUUUAUAUGUAAACAUGUUAAUCAUUUUAUUGCCAGUUAAACGAAGUAACCAAGUUACAAUUUUGAUGUAAACAUUGUGUAUAACCGAUGUAUAUUAUAUGUAGAUAUAUGUAUAUUCGAAUAUAUAUAACCAUUGUUCAAAGUGACGGCAUAAGGAAUCAGGGAUAUGAGAUAUGUUGAAUCAAUCAGAUAUAAUAAACACAAUCUUUUUGACGUUCACAUGGAAA